AAUGGCGGCAUACAAUGGGUUAUGUGUACGUGUCUAGAUCAGUCAGUUCUCCUGUGAAGUAAAUAGUGUCUCGUAUGCUCCCAACGGAGUGCUAACAGCCCCCGAAAAAAAACAGCCCCACACCCUCCUCGGUCGGCCGUGAAAUCCCACCGUCGUUUUCCCCCGUGUGUUGAGUGUUGAUCCUGAAAAAAAAAUUGAAACGAAAUGGGCGAUCCAAAGCCCCAGCACGGCGCCCAGGAGAUGAAGGGCUGGCUCUUCAAGUGGACUAAUUACCUCAAAGGUUACCAGCGACGAUGGUUCGUCCUAUCAAAUGGCCUCCUCUCAUACUACAGGGCUGAACCAACGGGGGGGCCAAAGAUAUCGACGCGACGCAAGCGGAGGGCUGGCAGAGCCUCCGAGAAUCCAGCUGAAAUGGCUCACACAUGCAGAGGUGCUAUUUCACUCCAUGGUGCCUUAAUUCACACCGUCGACGCAUGCACCUUCGUCGUCAGCAAUGGUGGUACACAGACAUUUCACAUCAAGGCUGCUACGGAGGUUGAACGUCAGCAGUGGGUCACUGCACUGGAGCUGGCCAAGGCUAAGGCGAUACAGGCGAUGGAGUCAGAAGAAGAGGAGGAGGAGUAUCAAGACAACGACAAUCAGAAGGGCGAGCAUGCCUCAAUAACUAAGGAUCUCACCGAGAGACUCGAGGAUUUGCAGACGUGUUACGACUUGAUAUCAAAGCGCGGCUCAAUGCUAACACGUUCACUCAUGGAUCUGGAGUCUCUCGAGCCUAAUAAUUCAGAAACAAUGGCGACUAAAAUUAAAACUGUCAGCGAGAGAGCUACACUCUUUCGCAUUGCGGCCAAUGCUAUGAUUAAUAGGAGCAACGAUUUUCUCCAACUGGCCCAACAGCAAGAGCCCAAAUGGGAGAAGCUGCUGCAGCACGAGAGAGACCAGAAAGUGAGGAUAGAGAAAAUGGUGGAGCAACUGGCUCGACAGCACUCACACCUGGAGCAGGCAGCCCAGCACGCCCUUCCAGCCGCCCUCCCAUUGGGUGGUCAUCGGUCCUCACACGGUAUAACGAGCAAUCCACAAUCUGAGGACGAGGACAAUGUUGAAUUUUACGAUGCCCAGGAGUCUGACACAUUUACAUUGAAUAUACCGAGCGGCACCACGGGCAACUCGAUAUCGAGAACGAGAAAUAGAAACGAUUCACAGGGUAGUGAUGAUGGAUCGAGCUCAGAGGGAGAUCCAGCACCAAUGUCAACGAACGAUACGUCUGAUUCAUUCCUUAUUGUGACUGACUCCACUGCGGUCACACAAACAUCGAGAAAUAGAGAGGUGGAUAAUGUGAAUAAUGGCGGUACUAGUACCGGGGUAACCUCAGGAAAACGCAAGCGUCGAACUCGAGUCCCAGACAAGCCCAACUAUCCCCUGAACUUAUGGAGCAUAAUGAAGAACUGCAUUGGCAAGGAAUUAUCGAAAAUUCCGAUGCCAGUGAAUUUCUCCGAGCCAUUGAGUAUGCUCCAGCGUCUCACCGAGGACUACGAGUACGCAAAUAUCCUCGACAGGGCUGAACAGUGCACAGACAGCUGUGAACAAAUGGCGUACAUCGCUGCAUUCACAGUCUCAACUUAUUCUACGACAGCAUCGAGAACUGGAAAACCAUUCAAUCCACUGUUGGGGGAGACUUACGAGUGCGAUAGGAUGGACGAUUUGGGGUGGAAGGCUAUUUCUGAACAGGUAUCGCAUCAUCCGCCCAUGCUGGCGCAAUUCUGCGAGGGAAAAACGUGGAGGUGCUGGCAGGAGUUUACUAUGGCUUCCAAAUUUCGUGGAAAAUAUCUUCAGGUGAUUCCUCUGGGUACAGUACACUUAGAAUUCAACACUAAUAAAAAUCAUUACACAUGGCGUAAAGUAACAACGACUGUGCACAAUAUAAUAGUAGGAAAAUUAUGGGUCGAUCAGAGUGGUGAUACGGACAUAAUAAAUCACAGUGACGGUACAAAGUGUCAUCUCAAGUACAUUCCAUACUCUUAUUUCUCACGUGACAGUCAACGUAAGGUCAAGGGUGUCGUUAUGAACGCUAAUAAAGAGGUCAAGUGGGUUGUACAGGGUACAUGGGAUUCAAAAAUUGAAAUAGCACCUGUUAUUAGUACUUCUGGCAGUCCAGACAAUCCUGUCUACAAGACUGGACCUUAUACUCUCGCUUGGAAGCGUCGAAUGCCACCGGAGGAUUCUGAUAAAUACUACAAUUUCACCGAGCUGGCAACUCAGUUGAACGAACCUGAGGAGGGAGUGGCACCGACUGACUCGAGAUUGAGACCCGAUCAGAGAUUAAUGGAGAAUGGACACUGGGAUGAGGCUAAUGCUGUGAAAUUGCAACUUGAGGAGAAGCAGAGGAUUGUGAGGCGGACUAGAGAGGCUGAAGCUGAAAAAUCAGCUGCUGAAGGAAAACCCUACACACCCUACGAAGCAGUCUGGUUCAAGAAAGAACAGGACAAGUACACAGACAGUGUCUGUCACAGCUACAACGGCGAAUACUGGGACUGCAAGAACAGGGGCGACUGGAGCAGAUGUCCCCAGAUAUUCUAGUCCUCUCAAUUCUCUUCUGAUUUCACUCUCAACAAAGUAACCAAACUCACGAAAUUACAAAAUCAUGUUUUUCCUUCGAGUCGUUGACUCGCUUUCAUUUUUCAAUUGAUUUCAUUUUUUAUUCAGUCAUAAAUUCAGGACAGUUAAUCUCAGUCGGGCGAAUCAAGUAUUUAAAUCCGUAGCGAAGGGGUGAAAUGUAAUUAGUGGAUUUUUCGAUUCUUGUUGAAUGUGAAAAUAUCUCGAUUGCGAGUGGGUUUUAAGUCACAUGAGGGAAGUGAUGGCUUUACCAACAAAUGAUGUCUUUAUAUUCUCUUUGAAAACACCUCAUUGUGAAGACUAUUCGACAUUUAACAGAAUGUAGAAAUUUACUGAUUGUUUUGAGAUGAAUUUUAAAUGUUUAAUUGUCAAUUUGUUUAAUUGUCAAUUGUCAAUUAAGGGACUUUUUUUGUAGCUGAUGAAAUUUCCAAUGCAAAAUGUCUUGAAAUUCUCUCCGAAAACCACUUAUUCUCAAGACAAUCCAACAUUUAACAGGAGUUUAAAAUUUUCGGAUUACAUUUAGAUGAAUUAGAAAUGUUUGUUAAUUGUUAAUUCAUGUCGGGAGUGAGUGGAAUGAAGGGUGAAUGUAAGUGGAACAUUUUUUGUGGCUGAUGAAGAAUCAAAAAACAAGAAAAGUUUUCACCUUUUCAUCUUUCGUUCUAAAAGUGCUAUUUUUUGUAACUGCUGGAAUUUCCAACGAAACAUAUAUGGAUAUCUUCAUUUAAAUCUCACUCUCGCAAUAAUUCAGUAAAAUCCACUCAUUAUGUUCUGCCACUUCGCUACUUGUGUAGAUUAGAAAACCGUAUUUUUGAGUAUUUCGAAAAAUUUUUAAUUGAUUUUUAAAAACAUAUAAUGAACAAGAGUUCACUGACGGGCUAAGAACAGGUGGAGGGGUUGAAAAAAAAAUGGCAAAUUCAAGAACACAGCGAGAGCUUCCACAUAAAUAAUUUAGGAGCUUCAGACGCUUAAAAAAAAAAGAAAAAUACGAACAAUUGUUUAGAUUUAUUUUUAUUGUUUUUAAUGAAUCUUCUUGACACAGUUUAUCCAGCAAUCUGCACAUGAUUGAGAUCUGAAAUAACAUAAUUUUUGGAAAUUAAUAGAGCUGAGAUGUGCAUGAAACUUGUUCAUGAAUAAAUAAUGUGAGAAGUAUGCAGGAGAAAUAAAAGUUUAUUGAGUGGUUUUGAAAACAAGUGUUUCAAACGAGUCCCAAGCUGUACUAUAAUUUAAAUAGUCAAAGUAAUCGAUCGGAAGAUGAUAUAUUAUAUCUGUAAACAAAAAUUAUAAAUACAAAUUUAAUUAUUAAUAAAGUAAUGGUUAUUAUUGAUGAAAAAUUGAGGGGUAAAAUUAUAAACUUAUGAAAAUGAGGGUCAUCUGCGUAUCGAUGAGGGUUACGUGCUUCGUAGAUCAUGAUUUUUUAAAAUAAUGCUUACAAAUGAUAGAAAUUUCGUAAUGAAUUGACUCUGGGAAAAGGGAUGGGUGGAAAUAAUCCUAAGAAUUCAAAAAGUGCAGAUUAUUUUGCAGGUGUUUGGGGCAUUUGUGGAUUUAGGGAAAAAUGUCAGAAGAAUUUUUGGUAGCUGAGUGGAGAGGUCUCUUGAUAUUUUCUCAUUCUCUUACUUACAAAGAUAUUUCGUCACUAUUUGUGAAACUAAGGGAAAACUUGGAAACUUUGAAAAAUGUUAUAUUUGGAUGAAGAUUUGGACUUAUAUAUUUUUUUCUAAACAAAUCACUUGCGCAGAUGUUUGCAGAAUAAACUGGACAUUCUUGAAAAGAUAUGAGUCUAAAAAUAUAGUUCUUACAAUUUCGUAAAUAUCUCUGGUAAUGUACAAUUGAGGAAAAAAUGCCAAAAAUCCUUUUUACUUCUUAGAAUUCUCCCCGAAAAGUUCUUUGACAUUUUUUCCCCAAUAGCUUCUGAGAUAUUGGCAGAAUUUUCUGCAACCCAUCACUCCACCGAAUAAAUUAAAUCCAUUUUCAUGCACAAUGAGUACGUAACGACGAAAAAAUCGCUGACUAAAUUUUGCUUUCGACACUUUUUGAUCGCUUGAUGAUGAGUUUGUUGUCAUAAGUGCCUAUGGUUUGUCCGUUCGCUGAAAAUUGUGUAGCAGAAUGCAGAAAAAUACAGCAAGAAGUAAUUGAGUAUGGAAAUGUGGAAGUGACAGAUUAAUUAGGUAGAACAGAGUCACUCUAUGCUGUUUAUGCCAACAUAAAUGACGUGUUAAUUAUUAAUUAAUUGAUUAAUUCAUUGAUGGAGUGGUGCGAGUGUGAGGUGAACGUGACAAAACUGUAAAUUUUAUAUAAAGUAGUUAAUGAUUAAAAGAAAUUAUGACAACGA